UCCAGAGAGAGAGCGCGCGCUCCACGAGCCCGGGUGGAGGAGCGGCUGGUGAUGAUGAUGAUGAUGAUGAUGGUGAUGAUGAUGAUGAUGGUGAUGUGAUGAUGAUGAUGAUGGUGAUGAUGAUGAUGAUGAUGAUGAUGAUGAUGAUGGUGGUGGUGGUGCCGGUGGUGAGGAGCGCGUGAAGCCGAGCCGCUGCCCUACAUGUGGAUGUACAGUGCGGAUGGAGACGUGACGGAUGACCGCCGCUCCUCCCGAGACUCACGCGGACCGAUGGGGGACCCUCACCGGAGGACCAGGACCAGGACCAGGACCCUCGGGAGCCUCAGCCUCUCCUCCAGGUCCCGGGUCUCCAAGGAGACCAAGCUCCGGCUGCGCGUCAUCUUCCUGGAUGACAGCGAGCGCACGUUCGAGGUGGAGCAAAAGGUUUUAGGAGGCGACUUCUUCAACAAAGUGUGUGGUCACCUCAAGCUGCUGGAGAAGGAGUACUUCGGACUGGAGUUCAGACACCACAACGGAAACUACGUGUGGUUGGAGCUGCUGAAGCCGCUCGCCAAACAGAUUAAAUACACCAACGACCUCUUCUUCAGGUUUAUAGUCAAAUUCUUUCCACCAGAUCCUGGACAACUUAAACGAGGCCUCACCAGGUAUCUGUUUGCCUUACAGAUAAAGCAGGACUUGUCUAACGGCAGUCUGACUUGUCACGACAACAGCGCCGCCCUGCUGGUCUCACACAUACUGCAGUCAGAGCUAGGGGACUAUGAUGACGAGCUGGACUGUCAACAUUUAGAGAUGAAGCAGUACGUCCCCAACCAGGAAUAUUUAGAUCACAAGAUCAUCAAGUUUCACAAGAAACACAGAGGUGUGACUCCAGCAGACUCGGACAUCCAGCUGCUGGAAGUGGCGAGGAAGCUGGACAUGUACGGCAUCAGGCCUCACCCCGCCAACGACGGGGAGGGAAUGAGGAUCAACCUGGCUGUGACGCACUCUGGAGUACUGGUCUUUCAGGGAAAUACCAAAAUCAACACGUUCAGCUGGGCGAAGAUCCGAAAGCUGAGCUUCAAACGCAAACAUUUCCUCAUCAAACUGCACGACAAAGUUGGGCCUUCGUGUAAGGACACGCUAGAGUUCUCCAUGGCCAGUCGAGAUGUGUGCAAGUCCUUCUGGAAGAACUGUGUAGAGUACCACGCCUUCUUCAGACUGGCAGAGGAACCCAAGACAAUACACAAAACACUGCUGUCCAGUAAAGGCUCCAGCUUUAGAUACAGUGGGCGGACUCAGAAACAGCUGCUGGAGUGUAUGGGAUCAGGGGAGAAGAAACCUUCGCACUUUGAGAGGACCUACUGUCAGUCAGACUUUGAUCCCAGACAGUGCCGAUCUUCUCCUGAUCUCCUCACGGACGUCUCCAAACAAGUGUACGAGCACUCCCACCCAUUCCCUCGGCCAAGUCACGUCAUGGCGGUCCACAGUAAGGACGAGUUGGAACCACAUCACCGAGUCCUGGAUGUCAUGGACAUCGAUGGAGGAGGGGCUAAACGCAGUCAAUCAUACAUUGAGGUCAUCCAGAGGAACCGCCCUCUCUCCCAUGUCACUCCGUUAUCUCCGUCUCUGCACCAGUUCCCCUCCUCACCCAAGAUGAGAUCCGCCUCCACAUCUGUGAUGGAGGACAUGAGGGGGAUACGGACCGGAGCGCAGCGUCAAGCCCAGAGGCUAGCCGGAGUUUAUGGCAACCGGUCACGGCGUCGGCCUAAUCCUCAGCCGCACCCGGAUGCCGGUCAGCAGUUGGUUCUUCUCUAUCCAAAUAGUCCUGCAUACCAGUAUCACCCAAUCCUCCCAUCCUUCCCAUAUGCAGGUUCCUCACCUCUCACCCGACACCCCUACUUGACGGACUACGUCGCUGUUUCCUCACUGGAGCGUUUCCCACAAGCAAGGAGACGGGAAUAUGGGACAAUGGAUGGCCUCUCGCGGCCACCUUUCUAUCCGCUUGGCCAUGAUUCCCCGUCGCUCUCGCCAAUCAGGAGGAACUUCCGCCCCUCCGGUUCAGGCGGGCUAGGACUGGCGAGGGUUUAUCAUCCAGGGAGCAACGGAGCAAGACUGUUGGGUGUUGGGCGUACGGAGCCAGGGCAUUACAGCGAUGACUCCAAUUUCCUGCCUGGGUUGCCUCGCCGUGUUGCGAGCCAACCAGAUGUCAAGUUUCACCUCUCAAGGAGUGCUAACCCUGCCUUUAACCCUGCUUCUGAAUUCCGGCCUCUUGGAUACUACCCCCACUUGACUCGCCCCUCCAGACCCACUUACCUCCCACUGAACUCCUCCCCUCUACCUGAGAGACCCACCUCGCUAUGCAUGAUUGGAGGUGCAACGGGAAGCUACAGCGAUUCGGACCCGGAGGUUUUCUAUCCAUAUUACUGCCCACCACACUCGCUGGGGAAGGUGGCACGGCCCCCUGGACUUGCCAGGAUGAGGUUUUCCUCUGGGAGCCUCCAACUGGACGAGGAAGAAGAAGAGGAGGAGGAGGAGGGGGAUGGAGCAGUGAAAGGAAAAGCGGAGUUAAAGGGUGAAGUCGAGAAGAAAGAAAAUACAGAAGGAACUGAGGCAAAAGGUGCCGCAAAGGUCACUGAAGUCACGCUGUAGAUAGACAAAAAAAACAUCUAACUCAUGGAAACAAGUGCAAAGGUUCAUGAUAUGAUCACACUCAAAACUGGCAGGAUGGUUUUAAAAACAUCCGCCACAGACUGUAGAUAAAACAAGACUUACAUCACACAUUGCAAAGGCCUCAAGUUACAAGAAGUGUUCUAUCUUUCCGGUGUACUGGCAGAUGAAAUGUACUGUUUUUGCCUUGUUUUAGCGGAAACCUCAACGUCUUUAGUAGCCACUUUAUGGCUACAGGCUAGUAAAUUUUAAAGACUAUUUAAACCUGUAAAAUAACUCAAUGUACCUCUAGUAGCACAGCGUCAAAGGUCAAUCGAGCUGCACAAGCCUCAGCUGUAGCAAUUGUACAAAAUUCUUAGCUUGUUUCUGGCUUCUAAAGCUGUUUGUCCAGCGUUUUCUUGCAAGACUGACCCUAAUCUGCCUCUGAGGGGGUUGCGUCUAUAAUUUUUAAAUGAUAAAAGCCUCCACAAUGUUGUGGUCCUGGUACUCUGUGCUAUAUUCAUCCAACGCAAGAGGAUGAAGGAAUGGCAGCAGAAGACCAGACAGGUUGGUGUGUUUACCGGGGAAACUACAGAUCAUAAACCAGCGUUUCAAACAGCAAUAAAAACAGACAUAACCACACUACAGUAUGAUUUAACCUCAUGUGUGAAGUGUGGGUAACGCAACCAGUGAAGGCAACAAAUCUGAGGUGAUGUCUUGCAAGAAAACCGGCAGUAUAACUGCACUACAUGUGCCCGUGUUGUUAGCUAGCUAACUCUGGCGACCUCAACGUAAAUUUAACAGUCACAUUUAUGAGGAAAAUAUACAUCAUCCUGCGCUUUUGGUUUUGCUCAUGAGGUGAAGCCAAUAGGGUCAAACUAAAGUGUGGAUUUUGCUUGCCAUGUAGCCAGGUUGCUAACAUCAGCUAGCAGAUAUCAGGCUGCACAAACAGCUGGAGAAUGAUGAAUGAUAUGUGGACUUUUCUGCUCUAUUUGUGCUGAAAUUGAUCAUUAAAGGAGAUGUUUGUUCUCUACUUCAUCGAUGGAUCUGACAGUUCAUACCUGUAUGGGACAUGUAUUAUUUUUAAUAUUCGUAACAACCUUGAGCUUUUUGCUCAACUGAUGCUCACAUCAAUCUUUAAUUGAUCCCAAGACUGGGAUCUCAAACAGAUAAGGGGCAAGAAAGAAAGUUGUCAAGACAUUAAUAUAAAGUCUUGAGUGUUUCGUGAUGUAGGUCUGGAAAACGUAUUGGAUAACUUUUGUGGUUGAUGUAGCUAAGUUAUUUAUUUGUUAUUUUGUAUGAAUGGUUCUUGUGAAUUCUGUAGAAAAAUGUGAACGAAGAUUGUGUGGUUUAUAUAAUGCAACAGCAUUUGUCAUUAAAGGAUUAUGCAAAGAUAACGGUGGAA